AUGCCUGGACGUGUCGACGACAAAUGGUCGCCCUGGCCUCAGCUCACGCUUGCUACAGCAAAAGGAGUGCAGCCUGGCACCGAAGAGUAUACCAAGGCCAUCUUUUCUACCUAUGGCGCCGAAGCCUUGAAGGGAAGCUGGAUGCAAGUCUGUGAAAGACUAAAAUCUGUCACAGACAACAUAGCCUCACAAGGCAACUCAGUGAUACCACAGAUUGGAAUAGAAGACUUUUUGACUGCUGACUUUUCAACAAAAGAAAAGCUCAAGGAUACAGGAUGCUUCAUCGUCCGACAAGUGGUCUCGGAGCAACAGGCAACUGAUUGGUAUGAUGAACUGAAAGGAUACGUUGCGGAUAACAAGGCUCACAUUACCGGCAUGCCAGCCGAGAACCCGUUCAUGUUCAAUGUCUACCAUUCACCGGUGCAGCAAGCAGCUCGCUCUCACCCAAACAGUCUGGCGGUCCAGAGGGCUGUCAACAGCCUAUGGCAUGAUGAGAGUGACCAAGAACACAAGUUCCAUGAACCUCUUUCCUAUGCCGAUGGCUUUCGCAUUCGACCUGAGAAUACUGUUUUCAAUGCACUACCCCCGCAUAUCGAUGGCGGUAGUCUCUCUCGCUGGGCAGAUCUCACUUACCGCAAAGUAUACGAGCAAAUCUGGACUGGCAACCCUUCUUCCUUCGACCCCUACAAUCUCUCCAUCCGCAAAGAGGCAAAAUCCGGUCUCUUCCCAGGCACUGCUUCACAAGUCCUGCGCGCCUUCCAAGGCUGGACUGCACUCACCUCUGCAGGAGCUAACGAAGGUUCUCUUUUACUCUACCCUGACGUCAAGACCGCCAUGGCCUAUGUAAUGCUCAGACCUCUUUUCGAUGCCCCUGAUAACGAAGACAAUAUCAUGGAGGCAGAGAAAUGGACAUUGAAUGCAGAAAGAGGAUGGUUCCCUGGUACCUGGAGACAUUUGCCGCAGAUUGUCAGUCCGACAAGUCAUCCGCAUUUGAGACUUGAAGAGUGUUUGGUCAAUAUUCCCAGGAUGCAGCCAGGCGAUACUGUUUGGUGGCAUGCUGAUAUGAUUCAUGGUGUUGAUUCGCAACACACUGGAACUCAUGAUUCGGCGGUCUUGUACAUUGCAGCUGUCCCGACCACGCCAGCCAACUCGCGAUAUAUGCGUCAGCAAGUGGAAAACUUUAGAGCUGGCGCUCCACCUGAAGAUUUUGAACGCAAUGGUACAGAUGAGACUAGAUUUGUGGGCUAUAAGGGCGAGAUGGGAGUAUUGAAUGGAGAGGCGGGCAGAGAGGCUGCUGGUUUCGAUCUCUGA